AUGGCAGCUACGACCGAACCCAUUAUCGAACCAGACGCCUGGAACCUUUCGCGCCAAGACACUCUCUCCCCGCCGCCCCCGCCCAAGUGGGUAACGCUGCAGCGGCAGAUGGCGGGUCACAAGACCAAACCAUCGGCGCGCAGCCGUCGCGCAGUCGGCGGCGGGGAAAGCGACAAACGGGAGAACGAUGCGGGUAGUCCUAGCAGUAGCAGCGGCGACAGCGGCGCCGAUAGUAGCGGUGGGAGCAGCAGCCAAACCAGCGAUCCUGCUGCGAACGUUCCGGAGGAGUUUCUGUGCCCUCUGUCGCUCGAGAUUAUGCGAGACCCCGUUAUUAUCGCAUCAGGGCAAACAUACGAUCGUGCUUACAUCGAGCGUUGGUUUUCGGAGGGCCGUUCCUCCUGCCCUAAAACGAGACAGUGCAUCGAGCACACUAAUUUCUGCCCUAAUUUCGCCCUUAGGAGCAUGAUUGCUGAUUGGUGCGCUGCAAAUGACGUCAGCCUCCCACCUAUCACGCCGAUUCCCGCGUCGAAGCCUCCCUCGGGCUUCGCAGAAAGUCCCGCCGCCAAACACGCCGCCGGCGCCGCUAUGGCGACGAGAAAGAUAGAGACCCGCGCAACCGCGACGGCGAUGCAACCGCAGCAACAUAAGCAGGAACAAAGGGAGCAGAAGAAGCAGAGAGAGCAGAGGGAGCAGUUGCGCGAUGGAAACCCGUCCGAAGAACGGGGGGGAGCGGAGGGCAAAGCGGAGCGGCGGAGCAGGGCGCGCAGCAAAGACGGGUUCGGGUCCGUGCGCGGGGCAAAACACGCGCAAGCGGAGGCGCUGGAAGAGCGGGGGCAGGGGAACGCGGCGGAGAGGAUGAGCGGCUCGCGCAACGGAAAAUCGGCCGGUGGAGAGUUCGCGGAAGACGGGGAAGGAGCCGCGGUGAAGCUGGGGAAGAAGAAGACGGGCCCGCGGAGGAAGAAGUUUGCGGGCACGGAGGAUCUCGCGCGCGGGGAAGUGGAUGCAGGUGGCGUGUCCAGCGAGCGCGCGGAGUUCGGCUCCGCGGAGCGGAACUGCGCGGAGGAAGAAGGGGGAGCCGUGGGAGCAGGUUGUCGGGAAGCAGCGGAGGUGGGAAGCGGGGGGGCGGAGAAGCGCGAGCAUGCGCACGCGCGCACACACGAGCGGGGGGAGGAUGCGAGGGGGGGAAAAGGGGGGGAGGAGGAGAAGCGGAGAGUUGCGGGCGGAGGGGACGGGAGCAGGAGCGGGAAAGAGAGGCGGAGAACGGCGAGCGGGGAAGGAUUGACUCGCGAGGGGAGCGCUGUGGGGAGGAGGGAUGGCGGCGCGGAGGCGAAGGCGGGUCUUAGGGCUUCUCGCGGCUCGUCUAGCUCGUUUGGGAGGGGCAAGGCGGGUGAUCCCACGGAGCAGCAGCAGCAGCCGUUUCAAGAGGCGCAACCUCCGCCGGAUAUGGCGGCCAUAGCUGCUGCCGCCGUCGCUGCAGUAGAUGCCGCACAAUCCGCCGCAAGUCCCGCCGGAGGCCCAUCAGCUACGGAAGGCGCAGCCGUGCCUACUCAGCGGCGGAAACCGUUGCGCACGACUAGUUCCGUGGGGGGAAAAGGCUCGCGGAAGGGCAGCGGCAUUCCCACCGGCAGUUUUAACGGUCAGGAUGCAUUCGACGGUUUGCCGACGGAUAACCGUCAGAAGCAGGCGAGAGCGGGGAGGGAGCGCGGAUCGCGGGAGGGGCUGGAAAGCGCGUUGCUUUCCCGCACGCGCAGCAGCUUCCCCGCGCCGGGGAACCAGGGUCUGGCGGAGGUGCUGGGGGAGGCGGAGCACUGGCGGAACGCGGAGAGCGCGGAGCAAGGGACGGCGCAACCGGCGGCGAGCGGCAGCAGCAGGCGGAGAGUAACGUUCGGAGAGGUGACCGGAAUAUGGGACGAGGCGGAAGGGGGCGGGAAGGCGGAGGGGGAAACAGGGCCCGCGGGGAAGGAGGGGAAGGGGAAGAGCGGGGGGAAGGCGGGCGGAAGAGGAGCAGGGUUGCGCAGAGCAGCAGCGGGGAGCGUGAAGCUGACGAGGCGGGAGAAGGAGGAGUGUUUGACAAGCAGCAAGGGCAGUCGCCGCGGCCGGAGCAGCAGCAGAGAUGGCGGGGGGAAAGAUGACGGAGGGACGGAGGAGGGGGCAAAGGAAGGGCGGGAGAAAAAGGUGAAGGAGAAGCAAAAGGUGGGGGAGAGGGGCGCCGGGUCCGCGCGCGCGGGAGUGGAAGGGGAGAAGGAGAAGGAGAAGGAGAAGGGGAGGGCGAGGGAGAGGGAGAGAAAAGGGCGGGAAGAAGGAGAGGUGGGGGCGGAAGAAAGAGGGGUUUUGCGGGAGAAGGGCGCGCGGCGGGUGGAACGGUCCAAGACUCCCCCCGUGCCUCUACUGAACGCGGGCUUGGAGGGCCGCGAUGAGUCGCGUGACUAUAGCGCGGAUAGAGGAGCGAGUGGGGACUACCCUAGUGCGGAACUGCAGCAGCAGGAGCAGGGAGAUCAGCGGGAGCAGGGGGAGCAAGGGGGGAAGGGGGAGCAGGGGGCGGGUAAGGCGCGGGGGCGUGGGCGCAGCCGCAGUGCGCGCACGCCGGUUGACACCCCUGUGGUGUCGCGGCAAGGCAGCGAGAACAACGACCCGCUCCACCGCCGCUCUGCUGCUGCUAGUGGUGCUGGUGCUGGUGCUGGUGCUCUUGAGUUGAGUGGCUUAAGGGGAGAGGUAGAUGUGCGGCUGAGGCAGGGGGAAGGGGAGGGGCGACGGGGAGAGGCGGAGUGGGAGCAGGGAGCGACACGGGAUGGUCGCGAGGAUUUCGGAAGAGAACGGGUUUCUUUGGAUGGAGGGAUGGGGGGGGAUGGGGUGUAUGGUGCAGGGAGGGGAGGAGGAGGCGGAGGAGGUGGAGGAGGAGGUAUGGAAGAGGAAGAGGGAGGAAGAGCAGGGGGUGGGAGUGGAAAUGGGGAAGGGGAUGGGGAUGGGGAUGGGGAGGAGGAAGAGUGUGCGAGGGAGGAGGAGUGGGAGAGGGAGAGGGAGCGGAUGGAGCAUGUUCGGAGCAACUCGUGUAACGGCAGGCACCCUAUGGCUGGCGCAGGCGCAGGCGCAGGGGGAGGGGGAGGCGGAGGCGGAGGCGGGGUGUUUGAGUGGGGGUCGCAGAGGGGGAGGAGCAUGGGCGCGCUUGCAGACGCUGCGGUUGCUGCUGUGGAGAGACGCGCAGGGAGCUUCACAGAACGAAGCACAGGGGGGACAGGAGGAGGCGGAGGGGGAGCGGGGAUGGGGGGAGUGGCGGCAGUGAGGGAGGACUGGGGUGAGGGGGGGGGUGAUUAUGGUGGUGGUGGUGGUGGUGGUGGUGGGGCUGAGGAGGUGUUUGGCAGGAGUCGCAGUAGCAGCGACGAUGUUGCUGCUGUUGGUGCUGCUUCUCCCGCUGCUUCUUCCGCUGCCGCCUCUCCUGGUGCUGGUGCUGGUGGUGGUGGUGGUGGGGCGGGUUCAGGGAGAAAGGCGAAGGGGGGUAUCGGAGGGGCGAUGAGUCAUGGGCUUGGGCUGGCUCGGUCCAAGUCGGCUCUUCCUCCUGGCCUCCUGCACGUGUUUGGCAAUGCGCUGGGGCGCGUGGCUGAUGCUUCCCCGGGCGCAGGGGGGAAGCGCGGAGGGAAGAAGGAGAGUGCGGUGAACGGUGGGGGGGGGAGCGGUCGAGCAGGGGGAGCGGGGGGAGGGGGAGGGGGAGGGGGAGGAGGUGGAGGAGUGGAGGGAUGGGAAAGGGUAACUAAGGUAGGGAAUGGGAGGGUGGAGCAAGGGUUGGAUGUUGGUGCUGGUAGCACAAGUGAGAAGGAGGAGGAAGGGGAACUGAGAGAGGAGGGCCGGUGGGGGGAGGAGCAGAGGAGAGAAGCGGAGCUGGCGUGCCUGCUGGCAGAGGAGAGGGCAGGGAAGCAGAGCAGAGUGAAAGGCAAAGGAAGCGGGUCAAGCAGGGGGAGAGAUGAGGCCGUGAAGGAGGGAGCAAGGGAGGGAGCAGGUGAGGGGAAGGGGAGGGGGCAGGACGGCAGGAUAGGUAAAGGGCGGGGCAGCAAGGGGAGUAACAGUGGUGGUGGUGGUGCUGCUGCUGCUGGUGGUGGUGAGAGGUGCAGGAGUGACGGAGGGGGUGGUGUGGUGUCGCUAGCUGCUGCGGGUGACUGGCUGGACGGGGAGCAGGGCGGGCAGAGGCAGGGCGACAGUGGCACUCACAGGAGGAGCCACACCCACAUGGGAGGGAUGCUGCACCCGCACACUCCCACUGCCACUGCUGCUUCCGCUGCUGCGUCCCCUGCUGCUGCUGCUGCUGCUGCUGCCUCUGCUGCUGUUACUGCAACUGCAGGUGGUACUUACACGGGUGGUAACCGCAACGGGUACUCGGGCCACAUGCGCAAUGAGAGCCUCAUGUGGACGCCAGAAAUCGACGCUGCAGCAGCCGGUGUUGGCGCCGGCAGCGCCAUCUCCUUCGCCGCCGCCGCCUCUGCGUUUGCUGCUGCCUCUGCUGCUUCCUCAUCUGCCAAUGCUUCUCCCUUCCACCGUGCUCCAGCGUCGAUGGGUUUCGGGUCACAGCAUGCACCAGCACCAGCAGCAGCAGCAGCAGCACCAUCCAUGGGCAAGUACGCACCUCUUGCCGAUGCGCUUUCCUUGGGCAGCGCCACGGAAAAGAUCUGCGCCGCUCGAUCAAUACGGGCCAUGGUGAAAUCCCGCACGAAUGGCGAGACCAGGGAGGAGCGCAGGAGCUUCCUGGAAGCGGGCGUUUUGGAAGCCCUGAUAGCCGCCUUGGCUACACACACCGUCGAGUGGGAGAGCGGGAGAGCAGCAGCAGCAGCAGAGGAGGAGGAGGAGGCGGUGGUUGAGAACGUGAUGAACGCGCUUCUCGCGCUUCUCCUCCACUGGAACGCGGGCCCGGAGGUGGUCCUGGCAGGGGGCAUCCCGUCUCUAGUAUCCGUGCUGCAGCACGCGACCCCCGCAGCGCAGGCCACGGCAGCAGCAGCGCUGUACGUGCUGGCCAAGGACGACGAGAACCGCUCGCUCGUGCGCACGGGAGGCGCCAUCCCCGCCCUCGUGCGCGUCAUGGAAACAGGGUCCGCCCGCGGGCGAAAAGACGCCGCUCUCGCGCUCUUUGCGCUGUCUCUCUCCGUGCGGUGCGCGAGAGACAUUGUGGGUGCGGGCGCCAUCCCGCUGCUGCUGAGCCUCAUCGGGCAGGACGAGAACGACGACGGGGGGCUGCCUGGAAUGGAGGAGAAGGCGGCGGCGGUCCUGCUGAACCUCUCCCGGCUGCCGGAGGCGUGCGAGGAGAUCGCAGCGCAGGAGGGCGGCGUGGGGGUGACACACCUGAUUGAUUUACUCGACGCGGGGGCGUGCCAGAGGAGCAAGGAGGAUGCGGCGGGGGUGCUGCUGGCCAUGCUGCAGUCCGAGGUAGUCACGGUGCAGGCGCUGCGAGCGGAAGGGGCGAUUCCAUCGCUGUGCAUGCACUGGGUGGUGCUGGUGCACUGCACUCUGCCAAUGCAAGUGCCAUAA